AGCUUGCAUCAUGAAGUGUUUCCAAGAGAUUUUCUGUCUGGCCUGGGCUUUCAUCUGCCUUAUAGAAGUAUCUGAACUUGUACCACAAAAUUGGACACCAGAAGAACGCAGCGUUUACGAGCAAUUGCGACAACAGGAUUGCGGAGUCCUUUCGAAUAUAUUACCCAUCCAAAGACUUAGAAGAAGGAUCACCGGAGGCAGAAAAUCUUCCCUAAUGUCCCAACCAUGGAUGGCUUUUCUCUACAUACCAGAGCAUUUGGAAAUUUGUCGUUGUGGGGGCUCCCUUAUCUCAGAAAGCUUUGUUUUAACUGCUGCCCAUUGCAUUAAACUGUGUCCACGGUUUAGAGAAAUAAGAGUGCGGCUGGGAGAACACGACUUAAAUUCCUCACAAGACUGCACCACCUACGACUAUAAAAAGUUUUGUGCCCCGCCCGUUGAGGAAUUUUCUAUAGAGAAGGCGAUCAUUCAUGAGGAAUUUAACCCCUUCUCCGCUUGGUUUGAUGUUGCCCUGCUGAAACUGGACCGAAAAGUGGUCUUUAAAGAUCACAUCCGACCCAUUUGUCUGCCUCUGACAGAUCAACUCCUGGCGUUUACCUCCAACAUUGGACAAUCUUUCUUGGCGGUGGGCUGGGGAAAAACGGAGGAUCUGCGCUUUGCCAACACUUCCAUGGAGGUCUAUAUAAACACUGAGACGUGCACCGGCGGCAGGGAUAACUCCUUCCUGUGCGCCAACGGAGACUUUGUGGAUACCUGCACCGGCGACUCAGGUGGUCCGCUCACCUGGUCGAUCCUGCACCUUGGCGCCGUUCGCACGGUGCAAUUCGGAGUGGUCAGCUACGGGAGCACAGAGUGCGGAGCUGGUCAGAAGGCCUACUACAUGGAUGUGCCCACUUACAUGCCCUGGAUAAUCAAGAAGCUGGCCAAGUUCUCACAGUUGCGAGUCAAUUUAGAUACUAAUCAUUUGAGGUAAAGAUGAAAAUAAUAUGUAAUAUAUUUUGUAUACUUAUAUUUAGAAAUGCAAUGGUUCUAUCACAGUGUAUUAUUUAUAUUUUAUUUGCAUUAAAUUGAACCCAGUGGUGUUAUA